GAGGCCGGGGGAGGGCUGUGCGCGGUGCAGCCUCCCCUCCCCCAGCCUGGAUCGCUGAGCACAGAGAGACAGAGCCCCCAGAAAUGCUGCUCCCUGGACUCAGGCCCCGGGCCCUAGCCGCCCUCGGCCUCUGCGCUGUGGUCCUGGCCUGUGUUGUGGAAUGCCAGGGAGGAGUGCAUGCAGGCACCCCGAGCCCCCCGACCCCGCCGCCCAGCCUGGCAAGUAGUUCCUGGAACCUGGUGCGCGAGAAGGUGAAGGGGCUGGUGGGGCCGCUGGUGACAAAGACCAGAGACACGUGGCAGUGGUUCCAGGUCCCCCCAGCCGUCCAGGGCUUUGUGCAGACCUACUAUGAGGACCACCUAAAGGACCUGGGUCCCCGCGCCCAGGCCUGGCUCCGAAGCUCCAAGGACAACCUCCUGAACAAGGCCCACAACCUGUGCCCCCAACUUCUCUGUGGGGAGAGGGACCGGCGUUAAAGCGUUCACAGCCUCCACAAUAAAGACAUUCUUGUCUGUG